CUUCGUCACCCACACUCACACUGCAUACAGCCUUAGUGCAAAUCACAGCACCGUAUCCAGAGCAGGGACUGCAAAUGAUGGGGCGCCAGCCUGCAGCUUAUGCUAACGCCGUCAGCAGCAGGAGCAACAACAGCAGCUUUUUCUCCGAUCUUGAUUCGUACUACUAUUAGCAUCCCUCCCCCCACGCUUUCGUGCGACAGGAUACGUCCCAACUCACUAUCUGAUCCUUCACCCUGUUCGUUCAUCGGAUCAGUGACCCUCUUGCCCUCGAUUUGGCUGGAGUCCGCGGUAGAUGCAAUUGAUGUAGGAUAUGUUUGAGGCUGCGAGGAGUUCGUCUGGCGGCGACGGGCAGACUGCAUGGCAAUAUACGCAUGAAGAGAAUGGCCCAUUAAUGAAGGGAAGCCCGAGCUAUGAUAAUCAACCACGACCGGACGAACCGCUUCAAGUCGAUAGCGACCUAAGUGAUGACGGCGACGCCACAUCAUCAAUCGACGACCGCACGACAAUUGUAUCAUCCAUAAGGAACUACAAACACGAAAACGGCCGACGGUACCACUCAUUCCGCGACGGCGAAUACCUACUCCCCAACGACGACCGCGAGCAGGACCGGCUCGACCUAGGCCACCACAUCUUCAAACUAAUCCUCAACGGCGACCUCUUCCGCUCGCCGAUCGACAACCCGCAAAGCGCACUCGACAUUUGCACAGGAACAGGGCUAUGGGCGAUCGACUUCGCCGAGCAAUUCCCCGGCGCAGAAGUGCUCGGCACAGACCUCAGCCCGAUCCAGCCCACCUGGUUUCCGUCAAACUGCCGCUUCGAAGUCGACGAUGCGGAGAGCGACUGGCUGUAUGGACAUCAAAGCAUCGACUAUGUGCAUGCCCGCGGUGUGUCCGGGUCAAUACGCGACUGGGGGAAAUUGUUCAGCCAGACGUUACACUGCUUGCGGCCGGGCGGAUGGAUGGAGAUACAGGAAUAUGAAACUGUGGCGACCUCCGAUGACGGUACUUUUGAUCUGGCCACCAAUUUCAAACAAUGGCAGGAGAAGCUUAACGAGGCUAGCCAGAUGUUCGGCAAGUCCUUUAUGGACUGUUCAAAGCAUAAGGGGCGGCUGGAAGAGGCUGGGUUUGUCAAUGUGACUGAUGAUGUUUACAAGGUUCCAAUGGGCACAUGGCCCAAGGACAAGAAAAUGAAAGAAAUCGGCAGAUUCCAGCUGUACCAAAUGCUCGAAGCCAUCGAACCAUUCUCUCUCGCCGUUUUCACUCGCGUUCUAAAAUGGACGCCAGAAGAAACCCGCGAGCUGAUCGACAAGGUGAAAGCGGAUCUGUGCAAUCCUAAAGUGCAUAUGUACUCUCGAUUCCAUUUCAUAUACGGACAGAAGCCGGAGAGCGAGAAUUAGCGAUUACAUCGUCUGGUCAUUACCUCAUUUUCUUUUCUUUUUUUUUAUAUACGAGAGGCUAAUUGCUUCACAUCCAAUUUUUCACCUUCGAUUACAUACCUGGGAUUAUUGUGGAGGCUUUCUGUUUAUAGCUUUGAAUACUUGUCAUCAUUAUAUAUUUCUUUCUUCGCCCUUUCUUUUCAUAUUUCUUACAUUUACAAAGACGUGAAAUUGCCAUUCAUUGCAUGGAAAUCUGGUCAAACGGAGGUGUUUUCUUGUUUCUUUUUGCCAAACCACUGGUGUAUAUAGUACAAUAUUCCCAGGUUUAUGUUCACGUGAUGACCUCAU